CCAGCCUUGUUGGUCUUGGUUGUGUAAAUCCGGCCCUGAUAUCUGAAAAAAUUAACAGAUUCAGAAAACCAUGUCGUGUUCCAUCACGGUAUCAAGCUCCCCGGUCUUCUCUCUUUCCUCGUCUUUCUUUUGUAACAAAACCUCAAUACUUUCUCCGUCAGCGGAGGCUCUUAAUUUGACUUUAACCCACCUCAAAUCCACAUCUUCUCCUUCUUCUCCGUCUCUGUCGUCUUCACCUUCAUCACUGUUGCAUAUAAGGAUUCAAAAAACGUCAUCUGGGUCACUUCUCUCAUCCUCAUCUCUGUCUUCUUUAGGUUCCGGUGCAGGUUUUGGUCCCGAGUCGGUUUUGAAGAGGAAGACACUGGCUAGACUGCGAUGGCCUUUGCGGCUCCGUUGAUGGAGAGCUAGAGGUGUAGAAAGAUGGAGAGUGAAGGUGAUGGGUAUUCUGUUUAUUGUAAAAGAGGGAGGAGAGAAGCUAUGGAGGAUAGGGUUAAUUUGAUUUGAUGAGAUCUACUAGCUUGAUGAACUCAGUGGCUUUAAUGAAACCAGUAAUUGAGU